AUGUCUCGAGAGCGGCACUCCCGCACCGACAUCCCCCGCAACCUGAGCUUCAUCGCCUCGCUGACGGAGCGCGCCUACUACCUCAGCCAGCGGCCCAGCCUCGAGGAGGAGCCAGAGGAGGAACCAAGGGAGGGAGGGACGCGUCUCGGGGCCCGAUCUCGAGCUCCAGGUCCGAGUCGGGGGCGCCGGGCUCGUUCUGCGCCCGCCGGAGGCGGCGGGACUCGGGCGCUCCGCAACCACAGCCCCGAUACCCGUAAGAGAGUGCGUUUCGCUGACGCGCUGGGGCUGGAGCUGGCAGCCGUGCGCCGCUUCCGCCCGGGAGAGCUGCCCCGGGUGCCCCGCCACGUGCAGGUCCAGCUGCAGAGGGACGCCCUCCGCCACUUCGCGCCGUGCCAGCCCCGCGCCCGAGGCCUCCAGGAGGCGCGCGCCGCCCUGGAGCCGGCCAGCGAACCCGGUUUCGCCGCCCGCUUGCAGGCCCAGCGCAUCUGCCUGGAACGCGUCGAGGCGGGCCCGCUGGGCGUGGCCGGGAGCGCGCGCGUGCUGGACCUGGCCUACGAGAAGCGCGUGAGCGUGCGCUGGAGUGCAGACGGCUGGCGGAGCCAAAGAGAGGCGCCCGCCGCCUAUGCCGGCCCGGCCCCGCCCCCGCCGCGCGCCGACCGCUUCUCCUUCCGCCUACCGGCGCCACCCAUUGGAGGUUCCCUGCUCUUCGCCCUGCGCUACCGCGUGACGGGCCGCGAGUUCUGGGACAACAACGGCGGCCGUGACUAUGCUCUGCGUGGGCCGGAGCACCCGGGCAGUGGCGGAAACCCGGAGCCCCUGGGCUGGAUCCACUUUAUCUGAGACGCAGGCUGCCGACGGCGGAAAAAAAUCAAAGGCACCAGGAGGGUUGGGAGAUCCCAAACAUUUGCCUGGGAGGAAUGGGAGAAACCGAGAUUGGCGAGGAGCUGUCCUAAGGAGUCAAGUCAGGGGGGGCGAGGAGAAUGGGAGAAGCCAAAGGGGUGUAGGGAGUGCGUGGACUUAAAGAAAGCCGAGGAGACUGGGGUGGAUGUGAGUGGAUGAACCCACAUCAUAGGAAAGGGAGACGGAAGGGGUGCUGGAAUAUUAGAAAAUAAGCAAAAGGACGGUGGUGACGUUCUCUUCCGUGAGUGGGUACUGGGAGAAAGUGAGUAGGUGGGUCAGGCCUAUGUAGUCAAAGGUUGAGGACACCUGUUUGGUAUUCAGGAGGUAUUUUAUGUGAACUAGAGACAUACCGCAGUUGAAAUCAUUUAGAUUGCUGGUUCACUCCCUCUUACUGGUCUUUGCCACCCCAGGUCCCACAGCCCUGUUGUCCUAGCUUUAACUCAGCCAUAAUUACCUUGCUUAAGUCCCAGGAAUUUGGCCAUUGCUCCCCAGCCCCCGGCAUUAAUGACAGGAUUCCCUUGUCA